AUGCCACUGAACGCGAAGGAUGUGCAGACGCUUUCACAGACGACACGGUCAAGUGCAGCUCGACGAAGUUUGAACACGUCCACGUCGCCGGUGUUGGCACCACGAGGUCACAGUCCAGUUCGUGCCACGGCCGCCAGUAAUGGCGGUGCGAGCAGUUCCAGAACAACAGCACCUGUUGGAGUGCCACUAAGAUCGUACUCGUCACGUACUGGUAGUUCAUUGAUGGCUCCGCAGCACGAUAACCGCCGAUGGUCACUCGCAUCACUGCCGUCUACUAGCGGUUAUGGUACACCGGGCAGUAACUCGGCAUUUUCUAGUCAGUACUCGUCAUCAGAACAUCUUUCUGAGAUGUUGGAAUGUAUGAGAGUAGGGACGGCUCGUUUCGACAGCAAUGACAGUUGUCCGUCUACAGAAGAUCCGACGAACGUCUACAGGCCACGGAGUAGAAGUCUGACGUGA